AGGUCACAAGACUCUUUAGGGAAUUUGCGUUUGCUGUGUGUAAUAAUAACAACAAUCAACUCCGUUGUUACGUGCAUUUGAGAAUCAGAAACCAAACUUUUACACUCAGCAGAGAUGGCUUCCAUGACCAUGACAGCCUCGUUCCUUGCUGGUUCAACCCUGACCAGACAGCCCUUCACAGCCCCUCGCAGAGGGCUGAUCGUGGCCAAGGCCUCAAAGGUCACAGAAGGCGAAAGGGUCAACGUGGAGAUGAAGAACAAGGAAGAGAGCAGCAGCGGAAGGAGGGAUUUGGUGUUUGCAGCUGCAGCCGCUGCUGCAUUCUCAGUCGCUAAAGUUGCCAUGGCUGAUGAGCCUAAGGCAGGGACUUUAGAUGCCAAGAAGAAGUAUGCUUCUAUAUGUGUGUCAAUGCCAACUGCUAAAAUCUGCCACAAGUGAGACAAAUCUAACGGUUCUUCAUAUGCAUUGUUGAUUGGUCUUUUAGAUUAAUGUGAAAGUUGUACCCUCUUGUAUCCUUUCAUUGGAAAAUCCUAUCUGCUCUAUCCCCGCUUCUACUUCCUUGAA